AUGGAGAGUGGAAACCUAUUGGCAGUGACUGAAUUUAUCUUCACUGGCUUUCCCCAGAUCCAGGAUGGUAGUCUCUUGUACUUCUUUCCUUUACUUUUCAUCUACACCUUUAUUGUCAUUGGGAAUCUAUUGAUCUUCUUUGCUGUAAGACUGGACACCCUUCUCCACAAUCCCAUGUAUAAUUUCAUCAGUAUCUUUUCCUUUCUGGAGAUUUGGUACAACACGGUCACUAUUCCCAAGAUGCUCUCCAACCUCAUCAGUGAAAAGAAGACCAUUUCCACGACUGGCUGCCUCUUGCAGAUACAUUUCUUCCAUUCACUUGGGAAUCCAGAGGGGGUCUUGCUGAUCACCAUGGCUAUUGUCAGAUAUGUUGCCAUCUGCAAUCUUCUUUUCUAUCAAAUGAUCAUGACAACCCAGCUGUGUGCUCAGCUCUCUGCAGGCUCUUGCAUCUUUGGUUUCCUCAUCCUACUUCCUGAGAUUGUAAUGAUUUCCACACUGCCUUUCUGUGCCAACCAAAUCCAUCAGAUAUUCUGUGACUUGGUCCCUGUGCUGAACCUGGCCUGUACAGACACAUCCUUGGUCCUGAUUGAGGAUGUGAUCCAUGCUGUGGCCAUCAUCAUUACGGUCCUAAUCAUCGCCUUUCCUCAUAUAAGAAUCAUUGCUGUGAUCCUGAGGAUUCCUUCUGCUGAGGGUCGGCAAAAGGCUUUUUCUGCCUGUGCAGGCCAUUUCACAGUCUUCCUGAUAUUCUUUGGCAGUGUGUCUCUCAUGUACUUGUGCUUCAAUACCACUUACCCACUAGUUUUGGACACAGCCAUUGCACUGAUGUUCAUGGUCCUUGCCCCAAUCUUCAAUCCCAUCAUUUACAGUCUGAGAAACAAGGACAUGAAGAAUGCAAUUAGAAAACUCUUCUGUCUUCAAAAGGAGUUGAACACAGGAAGAAACAGAGGAAGGAACCACAGGUUUCCUUCUGCUGUUUUAAUGUUUCUCUAA